AUGGACGGCGCCUGGCACCCGACCGCGGAGGAAGCGCAGGAGCCUGCGGAUCUGCGGAUUGUCGCAGACGAUGUCGAUGCUGAUGUGACGGAGGGCGGCGUCGAAACCCCCAUGGACGACGACGAGCCGGAGGAUGAGGACGUGUUCGAGGACAACUCGCUGGCGGCCUUCUACUCGCACCGCCAGUCCUUCCCGAACCCUCCUCUCGCUGUGAGCGGUGGCGAGGAUGAUGCAGCGUGGAUCUGGAACACGAUUGACGGCUCGGAGGUGGCGCAUCUCACUGGCCACACCGACAGUGUGGUGGCGGUGGCGUUUAGCCACGACGGCGACAUGGUCGCGACCGGUGGCCUGGAUGGGCGCGUGCGCCUGUGGCGCCGGCAAGACGAUGCGUACACGACCUGGACCUUCCUCACGAACCUCGAGGGCCCCUCGGAAAUUGUGUGGCUCGAGUGGCACCCGCGCGGCCCCGUGCUGGUGGCGGGCGCCUCAGACACGACCGUCUGGAUGUGGAAGCUGCCCUCCGGCGCCGAGAUGAACGUAUUCAACGGGCACACGGGCUCCGUGACGUGCGGUCGCUUUACGCCAGACGGCCGACGCCUCGUCACGGGCAGCGACGACGGCUCGCUGAUCGUGUGGGAUCCCGCGUCCGGCGCGCCCCUCGCCAAGCUGAAGGACACCAACACACGCUUUGCGCUGGAUGGCGGCAUUACGUCGCUGGCGGUGAGCCCCGACAAUAAACUGGUCGCCGUCGGCGGUGCCGCGGGCGGCGUGCGCGUCGUGAGCAUCGCAAACAUUGAGCAGGGCGCCGCGGCGCAGGUCGUUGGUACGCUCGAUGCACACGACGCGGGCGAAAGCGUCGAGAGCGUCGAGUUUAUUGACCUGCUUCCGUCUGAGGCCGCUGGCGUCCUGGGCAGCCGGACGGCGCGCACGUCUACACACCUCGUGUCGGCUGCCACGGACGGCCGCGUGAUUGUGUGGGACCUGGCGCUGGGUAAGAUGCGUGGCGAGGCGCGCCACGAGGCGGCUGUAACGAAGCUGGUCGUGCACCCGUACACGCCGCUCUUCAGUACGAGCUCCAUGGACCACCGUCUGCGCACGUGGGACGCACGCACGAUGCAGCUCGUCGGUACGCAGUACGGCUUUACGGACGGCGUGCUAGACGUCGCCGUUGGCGUGGACGACGGCCUGACGCAAGGGGCUGAUACAGGUGGUAUCGGUGCCUUUGUCGACCCUGCGCGGUCUAAGGGCUACAAGCUGGUGGGCGCGGGCGAUGAAGGCGUAGCGCUCGUUUUCCGACUCACUUAG